AUGGUCUCGUUCAACGUCAUACGACGAGACCAGAGCGUCUAUAAAAAUCGUCAAUCCUUUGGCCAUGGUUCGGCCCGGGAGAAAAUUAUUAUUUUAGAUGCCGACGCCGCCAGAGCACAUACUUCCCCCUCCCGACCUACCCUCGGAACCCAAACUGAUAUAAGGACAAGGCAAAAGUAUCUGUAUCUCUCUCUCUCUCUCUCUCUCUCUCUCUCUCUCUGUAUCUCUCUCUCUCUCUCUGUAUCUCUCUCUCUCUCUGUAUCUCUCUCUCUCUCUCUCUCUCUCUCUCUCUCUCUGUCUCUCUCUCUCUCUGUAUCUCUCUCUCUCUCUGUAUCUCUCUCUCUCUGUAUCUCUCUCUCUCUGUAUCUCUCUCUCUCUGUAUAUCUCUCUCUCUCUCUCUGUAUAUCUCUCUCUCUCUCUCUCUGUAUAUCUCUCUCUCUAUCUCUCUCUCUCUCUCUCUGUAUAUCUCUCUCUCUGUAUAUCUCUCUCUCUCUCUGUAUCUCUCUCUAUAUAUCUCUCUCUCUCUCUGUAUAUCUCUCUCUCUAUAUAUCUCUCUCUCUCUCUGUAUAUCUCUGUCUCUCUCUGUAUCUCUCUCUCUCUGUAUAUCUCUCUCUGUAUAUCUCUCUCUGUCUGUAUCUCUCUCUCUGUAUAUCUGUCUCUCUCUGUAUCUCUGUCUCUGUCUGUAUCUCUCUGUAUAUCUCUGUCUCUGUCUGUAUCUCUGUCUCUGUCUGUAUCUCUCUCUCUGUGUAUCUCUGUCUCUCUCUAUAUCUCUCUGUCUCUCUCUCUCUGUCUGUCUGUAUCUCUCUCUCUGUCUGUAUCUCUGUCUCUGUCUGUAUCUCUGUCUCUGUCUGUAUCUCUGUCUCUGUCUGUAUCUCUGUCUCUGUCUGUAUCUCUGUCUCUGUCUGUAUCUCUGUCUCUGUCUGUAUCUCUGUCUCUGUCUGUAUCUCUGUCUCUGUCUGUAUCUCUAUCAACAAAGCAGUUGUUGUGAUGGAGAUAGGGCAUGAAUUGCGACCUGUCCAGCUCGCGGUUCAUGCCACAAGAUCAUUUUUCGAGAAUACAUCACCUGCGUCCCUACGUAUCUUAUUAAAAUUGGAUAUGAAAAACGCUUUCAAUAGCAUCAGAAGGGAUCAUGCCCUGGAAGUUUGCCAUCAACGGACUCCUUCCAUAUUUAAACUGGCUCAUCUUUCGUAUAGUCAUCCAAGUAUGUUGAUCGCCUCCGACAAUAUUAUCUUUUCUGCUACUGGAAUCCAGCAAGGUGAUCCACUUGGUCCGCUACUAUUUGCUAUGGCUAUUGACGGGCUAGCUCGUUUCAUCGCUUCUCCUUUCAAUAUAUGGUAUCUUGACGAUGCAACGUUGGGAGGAUCCAUCGAGGCCGUAGCUGCUGACCUCCGACUAGUUAUUCCUGCUUUAUCUCUGCGUGGACUUGAGAUUAACUCGUCCAAUGCCCCUUGCUACCUCGAACAGGAUUUCUUAAAUGAGAUAGAUAUCACAGUUAAGAGAUGUGCGGAGCUAAAUUGCAACGUCAAUUUCGACGACACAGGCUGGAGGCAGGCAAAGCUCUCUUUGAGUUUCGGAGGCCUGGGCCUUCGAUCAGCGGUAGAUUUGGCCCUUCCAGCAUAUCUUUCUUCACUUUCGUCCAGUCACGAAUUAAUUGAUGAGAUGCUCGGUGGUUCGUCUCAGUGUUUCUCGGGUAGUUCUUUCGAACAAGCUUGCAGCGCUCUCUCUGGAUCAGCAUCGUCUCACCUGUCUACUAUCUGCUUCACAACCGAGUAG